CAAUCACUUUCUGAUUUUCCCAUUUCUAUUUCAAUCUUAUCACUCAAUUAUCUUAUGGCUGCCGCGGUUGUUGGUGAAGCUUUUCUCUCUGCUUUCAUUGAAGUCGUCCUCGACAAGCUUGCUGCUCCUCAGCUUGUUGACUUGAUCCGUGGAAAGAAACUUGACAUCAAUUUGGUGCAAAGGUUGAAGAACACUCUUUAUGCUGUUGAAGCCGUGCUUAACGAUGCUGAACAAAAGCAGAUCCAUGACUCUGCUGUUAACAAAUGGCUUGAUGAUCUCAAAGAUGCUCUCUAUGUCGCUGAUGACCUCCUCGAUCGGAUUUUUACUAAAACUGCAACUACUCAGAAGAACAAGGAGGUCAGUACUACUAACUAUUUCUCUCGCCUUUUCAACUCUGAGGAAAGGGAUAUGGUUUGUAAGCUGGAAGAUAUAGUUGCUAGGCUUGAACACAUUCUCAAUUUCAAAGAUAUUCUUGGCCUUCAACAUAUUGCAACUCAUCACUCAUCCUGGAGAUCUCCAUCAACCUCUUUAGAAGACAGAUCUAACAUAUUUGGUAGGGAUCAAGACAAAGAGGCCAUUCUCAAAUUACUGUUAGAUGAUGAUCAUGAUAAGGAUGAGAUUUCUGUGAUCCCUAUAGUUGGUAUGGGUGGAGUGGGAAAAACUACUUUAGCUCAAUCUGUGUACAACCAUGACACUAUAAAGCAGAAAUUCAAUGUUCGAGCAUGGGCUUGUGUUUCUGAUCAUUUUGAUGAAUUGAAUGUUGCAAAGGCCAUCUUGGAGUCAAUUGUGGGGUAUGCUUGUAGCACAGAUAACAAAGAGUUGCUUCAUCGUGAUUUGAAGGAAAACCUGGCUGGAAAAAAGUUCUUAAUUGUUUUGGAUGAUGUAUGGACCGAGGAUUAUCACGGCUGGAAUUCUCUUUUAAGGCCUCUUCAAUAUGGAGCUAAAGGAAGUAGAAUUCUUGUAACAACCCGUAUCCAAAAAGUUGCUUCUAUGGUACAAACUAAACAAGAUUACUCUCUUGAGAAAUUGUCUGAUGAAGAUUGUUGGUCAGUGUUUGCAAACCAUGCAUGCCUUUCUCUAAAAGAAUUCAGUGAGAAUAAGAAUCUCCAUAGAAUUGGCAAAGAGAUUGUUAGAAAAUGCAAGGGAUUGCCUUUAGCAGCACAAUCACUUGGGGGCUUGUUGCGAAGUAAACGGGACAUCAAGGAUUGGGAUGAUAUACUAAGUAGUAACAUUUGGGAAAAUGAGAGUAAUAUCAUUCCAGCUCUAAGAAUUAGUUAUCAUUAUCUCCCUCCUUAUUUGAAACGCUGCUUUGUUUAUUGUUCCUUGUAUCCUAAGGAUUAUGAAUUUGAAAAAGAUGAACUGGUUUUGUUGUGGAUGGCCGAGGAUCUUUUACAUCCUUCAGAAAAUAACAAGACUUUAGAAGAAGUUGGUCAUGGGUAUUUUAAUGACUUAGCUUCUAGAUCAUUUUUUCAACGUUCGGGAAAUGGGAACAGCUACCAGCAUUUUGUGAUGCAUGAUCUGGUGCAUGACUUAGCAAUAUUGCUCGGUGGAGAUUUCUAUUUUAGAACAGAAAAACUUGGGAAAGAAUCGAAGAUUGGCACCAUGACCCGUCAUUUAUCAUUUAGAAGCUUCAGUGGUCCAGUCUUGGAAAACUUUGAUAUUUUUGGCCGAGCAAAACAUCUUAGGACAUUUUUGACAAACAAUUUUAAACUCCCUUCUUCCAAUAUCGAAAAGGCAUCAUGCAUCAUUUUAUCCACAUUGAAGAGCUUGAGAGUUUUGUCAUUUCACUACUCUCCAUAUCUUGAUGCAUUGCCCGAUUCGAUAUGUGAACUGAUCCAUUUGCGUUACUUGGAUCUCUCUUCCACGACAAUUAAAACAUUACCAGAGUCACUGUGUAAUUUGUAUAAUCUACAAACGUUGAGGUUGUGCAAUUGUCUUGAACUAACCUUGCUUCCCAAUGAUAUGCAAAAUCUUGUAAAUUUGCGCCAUCUUGAUAUCCGUGGAAGUGAUAAGUUAGAAGAAAUGCCUGUUGGAAUGAGCAAAUUAAAUCAUUUGCAUUAUUUGAGUUAUUUUGUUGUGGGAAAACAUGAAGAGAAAGGGAUCAAGGAACUGGGGACACUUUCAAAUCUUCACGGAUCACUUUCCAUUAAGAAAUUAGAGAAUGUUACCAACAGCUUUGAAGCAUCAAAGGCAAAGAUAAUGGAUAAGAAGUACCUUGAAGAAUUAUCGUAUGUAUGGUCUCAAGAUGCAAAGGACGAUUUUAAGAAUUCACAAAGCGAGAUGGAUAUACUUGGCAAUUUACAACCUACCAAGAACCUGAAAAGGCUACAUAUUGAUGGAUACAGGGGCACAAAAUUUCCAGAAUGGGUUGCAGAUCCUUCCUACCACAAUUUGACUGAGUUAUCUUUCUAUAAUUGUCAUAAUUGUUGCAUCCUGCCCCCACUAGAACAACUACGCUCUCUUAAGAAAUUGAGAAUCAGUAGAAUGAGUAUGAUGGAGAUUAUUGGAUCUGAAUAUGGUGAUUUUUUUUCAGAGACACUUUUUCCUUGCCUUGAACGUCUUGAGUUCCGUGACAUGCCUUGUUGGGAAGUGUGGCAUCAUCCCCAUGAAUCAGCUGCUCCCUUCCCUAUAUUGAAGACCCUUUUGCUUAUUGAUUGUCCUAUAUUACGGGGAAAUUUGCCAUCUCAUCUUCCUGCUUUGGAAGUACUUGUGAUUGAACAAUGCUACCAACUUGCUUCUUCUCUCCCGAGGUCCCUUGUCAUAACUACACUAGUGGUGUGUGCAAGCAAUAAAGUAGCACUACCAGAGCUACUGCCACUUUCAUUAAAAGAGUUAAAAACUCAAGGAAGAUCAGUGACAGAGUCCGUGUUUGAAGCCUUCAGAGUCUCCGUACCAACUUCUCUUCAAGAUUUAGACAUUGAGGAUUGUUCAUCUGCAAUAUCAUUUCCGAGAGAUUGUUUGCCCGCAUCCUUGAAGCGCCUAACUAUCAAGAAUUGUGAAAAUCUAGAUUUCCCAAUGCAAAACCACCAACUCGAGUCACUUGUGUAUUUGUAUAUAAAAAGGAGUUGCGAUUCUCUUAGAACCCUCUCAUUGGAAACCUUUCCAAAUCUUCAAUAUCUGUGUAUCAAAAACUGUGAAAACUUUGAAUAUCUUUCCGCUUUGAAGAAUCUUCAAAAUCUCGUUGAUAUUGGUAAUAGAGACUGCCCCAAUUUUGUACCAUUCCUAGGAGAGGGGUUGUCUGCUCCAAACUUGAAUACAUUGCAUGUCUCCUGCUGCGUUAAUUUAAAGUCACUUCCUUGUCACAUAGAUACUUUUCUCCCAAUGUUAGAAAAUUUGACAAUAGAAGAUUGCCCAGAAAUUGAGACUUUUCCUGAAGGAGGUAUGCCAUCUAGCUUGAGAUCACUUCGGAUCUUGAACUGCGACAAGUUAUUAAGGAGCCCAUCUCUAACUUUUCCAGACAUGCUUACCCAUCUUACCAUUACUGAUAGUGCCCAGUCUUUCCCCAAGGAGGAUUUUGCGUUGCUACCUCCCUCUCUUACCUCCCUUGAGCUAUGGAGUAUGUCAAGUUUGCACACAUUGGAGUGCAGGGGGCUUCUCCACCUCACAUCCCUCCGAAAACUAUCAAUUAGAGACUCUCCCAAGCUGGAGAAUAUAGCGGGAGACAGCAGACUACCUGCCUCUCUGCUUAAGCUACGAAUCUAUCGAUGUCCUCUGCUGGAAGAACGGUGCCGCAUGAAACACCCGCAAAUCUGGCCGAAACUUUCCCACAUCCCAGACAUUCAGUUUAACCGCAGAUAAAUUUAUUAAGCUUGAAAUUGGAUUUUAAAUCGUUUGCUGUACGAGGUUGUAUGGGUGCAUGUUUGUAAACAAGGUCGUUUGGAUGCAGAUUUACAACAAAUGUUUUUCCAUAUUUUCAGAUAUUGAAACAGUUAUCUCCCUUGAUGAUUAGGCUGGGAAUAUUGAUCAUGCUGACUUUGAUUUGUACAACCACGAGUUAGAAAAGAUGCAAAGAUCCGUUCCUUAAAUGUAUAAGGUAUAACAUAUGAGAAAUUGUUUUACAAAAUGAUGUAGGAGUUAGAAAAGAUGCAAAGAUCCACCACUAUUUUCACAGGCCUUCUUAAGCAUACACAUCAGGAGCAAGGAAAAGAAGAAAGGUUUGCACCAAUGAACAAGGAAGUGAAACAAGAUGGGGAGAACUAGAGAAUUUUGUGCUAAUGGUGUUGUGAUCGAGAUUUAAAAAGUUACAUGUAUGCAACACCAACCAUCUAUUGCAAGAAUGGAAAACCUGAGAAGACUAACUGGCUGAUGCAUCAAAUACCAUUUUGACAGUAUUCCUACUACUUAUUCCAAACUUGGUUGUCCAAUGUUCGGUAUCAUAGGUAAUGAGGAUUAGGUGUAUAUGUAAUUAUGUAUGUACUCUUAGUCCUCCACACAUGAAGAGAUUUGUCAUCAUUUCCUAGGUUAAAAUGAACCAGGUUUGUACCAUAAGUUACCUUGUAGGCUUGUACCAUUAUCCAUUAAGCCAAACUUUGCCAACAAUCGGUUCCGUCGGAUCAACUUCUAUACAUACUCCCCAAACAUCCCCUUUCAACAAUCAAUGUAGUAGCAUCGAACUUGAUUGGCAUGCCAACCGCCAUUGCUAGAAGAAAACUCUGAUCAUAGUGUACCAAAUUUAAUCCGAGGUAUUUGAUCCAGACUAACAUACCUUAAAUCUUUGCUUAUGGAGAUAUGAAUUUUGGAGACCAUUGUGAGAUCGUUAGAUAAUGAGCAAAUAUCAUCAAAGGACCAUUUAAGAUGAUCUUCUCUUUAUCAGCUUGUAAAUCAAAUAUGAUCAUGAAAAAACCAUUAACCAUUGUCAUUAUCCCUCAUGUCAAACCCUCUAAUAAGUUUCCAAAUUAUUUUGAAGCAUAACGUUCAUGACCUUGUAAUCUAGCGUAUUUCCCUAACAAAUUCACCACAAUGACUUCAUUUCGCUCUACCUUGGGACUUACUAUUCGUAUUUUUGAAAAAAAUCCCCAUACUCGAGCUCAUAUUAAUGCAAAAAUCAACCUAUUUUUUAUAAUAAUACUACAUAAAUAUGUAUUGCGAGGGUACGGGGUAAAUUAGAUACUAAAGUAUUCGUACCUACACUCAUAUCUAUUUAUUUUAGUGUAUAAUUAUUCUCAUAUCUGUUUAUUUUAGUGUAUAAUUAUUCAUACUCGUACCCAGUACUUAUUGAAAAUUAUACCUCAUACCUCUACCAUUAUCCAUCUAUCCCUACAUUUUUUAAAAUAUUUCAAUUUUAUCCUUUUAAUUUAUAAAAUAAUUUUAUUAUUUAAUAUUUACCAUUUCACACCUCUACCAAAGUGUAUCGGAUAACUUGCAAUCAAGUUUUCCGGUUUGUAAUUUUCUUCACCGGAUAACUUGCAGUCAAGUUAUCCGGUUUGUAAUUUUUCUUCACCGGACAACUUACAGUCAAGUUAUCCGGUUUGUAAUUUUUCUUCACCGGAUAACUUGCAGUCAAGUUAUCCGAUUUGCAAUAUUAUAGAUAACGAUUUUAUUUAUUUUUGGCCACGGUUUUUCCUUGUUGUCUAAACUUUUUUAUUUUAUUUAUUUUUUGCCACGGAUGUUCCUUGUUGCCUAAACUUUUUAAUAUUUUUUAAUUUUCAGACUAGUUAAAAAUUAUGCACCAUUAGGGGUGUGCAAAAUAUCCGGUUUUGAUGUCCAAAUCCAUAACCAAACCU